AUGGAAAGUACUUCUGUAUCACUAGUAGGAUCACCAGUGUUCAUUUCCAGCGUCACUUUCCAGCGUCACGAAAAACGACUGAGAAACGGAGCUAAGCAAAUGUCUACUAACCAAGAGAAGAACCUCUCUGAAAAACCACACUCUCAAACCCCCCAGCCUGCUCCAGAAAAGAAAAGACCUCAUUCGCUCUGCUCCGCCGAGCUGCCAUCGUCAACCAUCCGAUUUGACGACUUCUUCGGCGUAGACAGGAUGGUGCUCGAACCCCCGAGCGCUCGCUUCUCAAUGAGAAGGAUCUUCUCGGAAGGUCCCAGCCCGCCCAUGAUGCCUCUGCCUCAGACAGAUGGGGCGUCCGAUCGCCGUAAGCUCAAGAGAAAUAAAAAGCAGAAGAAAAAAGCCAAGAAUAAGACUAAGGACGACAACGAUGACUGCCGCAGUGAGCGGUCCCAGAGCACAAUCGACCACGAUCUGCCGGCUGAUACUGAAGACGCGAGUGGCGUCCAAGCGAGUGACUCUGCUGCCAAAGUGGCUGGUCUUUCUAGAGUUUCCGAGCAGUUGACUCCUGUUUGUUCGGAGCUGACAGGUGCCGUGGCGUCAAGCGUGUUGCAAGCCGACGCGGGAUUGACUCCUGCCUUGUCUGUGUCUCUGUCGCCCGCCACUCCUAGCGCGAGGACUCGUCCUGUGUCGAUUAAGGUUCUUGGGCCUUCUGGAAAUAACGCCAGUCUUACCCCCAGCGUAGCUGACGGAGGGCCAGGGCUGCUGGACUCUUCGUUUCAAAAGCUGCACGAGCAAACAAGCCCCGGAAUCUCAUCAAACAAUCAGAAGCAGCCUGAUCCCACGACCUCCAUUGACCCACCAACAGGCCCUGCCCGCUCCAUUGCCAGCCAGACCGAAGCGCACGUAAACUGCGAUGCGGAUAAAAACGGUAACAUCUCGACCCCGCCAGUCACGUCCAUUGACGACAGGGGCGACCUCAUAUGCCCAGUUCAUAAGAAGCCUUUGUGCCAGUACAACCCAGAAUGCUGUGUCCACAAGCCAAGGCAAACUGAUUGCAGAUGCUUGCCUAAGUCCUCAUGCUGCUGCAUGCACCACUUGGGCGAUUGUUGCUUUUGUGUUUUCGUUCUAGAGGGGAAGGGAUACGACGCAAGCGAAUCCGAAAAGAGCAAUGCUCGACGAAGGGACACUGGAAGGAAGGGCAUUGAUGCAGUGACCGACAAUGAUACAUCCAGUCAUCCAGAGUCCUCCCAGACAGUAGAAGUACACAAACCCUCAAAGGGGUCGAAUGGAAACAAAGCUUCAGAGGGGGAUGAAAGUCCAAAAGAGCACACAAACUCCAAUCCAAAAACCACCAUGGACAAUACACUGUCUCCACGCGAGGCCAACAAAUCCUGGGAUGAGAUGGUGGCCGAAGAAGAGGAGGAGCGUAUGGUGUCUAGGUACCACACCGUUGAACCAAUGAAGCCCAUCAAGCCCGAAGAAACCGUGGCGGAGAAGGCCGCUAUAGGGUUUGUCAAGACAGCGGAAGAGGUCGGACCGAAUAAGACCACUGAACCAGGAGAGGUCCUUACCCCAGACGAAGACACUGAUGAAGACGAAACCAUCAAACCUGCGAAUAGUGUCGCACCUGAAGAAGCUACGCCAUUUGGAAAGACCAUACAUCCAGAAACAAGCAACGAUUCUGGUGAGGCUAUCAAGUCAGGUCAACCCAUGAUAGCAGAAGACAAACUCGAAGCUGGCGAAAUUGUUGAGUUGAACGGAACAGCUGGACCAAAUUUGACCUCCGAGAUUAAAACUCACACCCAGAAGGUGAAGAAAGAAGGACAUUCUGCGAGUAUUGAGGAAGGGGAGAAGUCCAGGUCAGGGGAGCAUGUAGGCUCGACGGGGUUUGCUGCGCCUAAGACUGUGUCCGCGUCACUGGCAGUGGCCAACGAAAUAGGAAAGAACCAGACCACCACAGGCCAAACAAACGCAGGUAAGCGUUCAACGGGCAAGGAUUCCUUCUUCUCUCCACAACACUCAUACGGGGUACCAGUGUCGGAAGAUAGCACAAAAUUGGCAAACAAACCUUCAAAACAAGACACAAAACAAGACACAAAACAAGACACAAUGGAUGUCGUUGCAUCUCUAGACGCCACCAUUCAAGAAAGAAAGAAAGAACUCCUUGACGCCAUGACCUCCCUCGCGAACCAUUUGAUAGAAUCCCUUGGGAACAACGAAUUUUCAGACAUGGGAAUUGUGCUGAGAUCCUCGAGCGAACAAUUCUUGCCCAUUUGCUUCAAGGCACACAAGAUAAUGAUUUCUCGCAGCCCAUUCAUUGCUGCUCUUUUAAAGACCCCCGUCGACCCGAUCGUAGCGGUUUCGGGAGAGCGUUUUAGCAUGCUCCAGGCAUUUGAAUUGGCCCUGCGAACUAUGUAUGGCAUUCCCGUGCUUACCGGCGACCAGCUGAAGCCCGUGACGCUUUCAGCACUAGGUUACGACGAUGGGACCCAGCCGGAGAGCUUAAUUGUGAGUACAGCCAUGAUGGACUUUACCCUAUGCUAUGCCGCGUCUGGGGCGUUCUUCGAGCAGCCUAGAGUCGUCGAAUCCGGGAUCAAACUGGCAAUCCGGCUGAUCGAUCUAAACACCAUUCCCUUGGCCCUGUGGCUUGGACUCGAUGCUGCCAAAUUCAGUGUCGUUUUCGACGACACUGCCCACCCUCAUCCCCCCACUAGCGACAUCCAGUCUGCAGGAGCCCCGCCAGGACAUCAACUCGGAGAGCACCCUACUGUCAAGGAACUCCAAGAGAGGUGGUCCCCGUUCUUGGUCACCGCGUGCCUAAGAUACAUUGCGGACAAAGUGAGCCCCGAGUUCCGCUUAUUUGAGCAGGCCCAGUUAGAAGAACUACCAGACCGUGUUCCUGAGCAUCUGCGGUCUGUCCCAGGAACGGCCGUCAAGAACUCUCGCGUGAAAGACGUCGGCUUCGGAUCGAUGCCAUCCAUCAAGGAGCAGAAGCCCAGCACGGAGGUCGAACUUGUUUCCGCGGCGCUCAUUUGCUUGCCGUACAAAGCGCUGCAGGAGCUCUUUCUUCUCUUGGAUGCAAAAGACGUCUUGUCGGCUGGCCUGGCCGGUCGCAUCGUGGCCGCACGGGAGGAUCGACGCAUACAGGCGCUUCGGAUCCUUAGCCAGCAAGGACUCGGCGUGGACCAGGACGAUAUCCCCAACGAUGUUCGGGAGUUGGGGUAUCGAGAGUUUUUCACCACGCGUCUUAUCUCGGUAGCAGGAGAACUUGAUACCGUCACCGAGAAGGUGACUCUUGAGAGAACUUGGAAGGGUCUCCUUAUUGCAGAUCAAGCCUCAUCUUCCUCCGAGAAAGGAAGCCCACCCGCCCGCCCACUUGAAUAA